CCUUUGGCCCAGCUUGGGGUUGGCAGUCACCCGAAUCAGCCAGGGCACUGACCAGAGGAGGUAGUGAGAGAGGCCCGGAGCCCUUGGGGGAGGUGAGAUUCAAGAGGGCUGGGGGCUGCGGGGCUAGGGGCAAGAUGCCUGGCUCCCUGAAGGGGUGGGAACUGGGGGACCAGUUCUUCGGUGUCUGACUGAGCUAAGGGCCGCUGGUCCUGUCACCAGGGUCACCAUGGAGUCUUUGGCAAGGGGUCUGAACUUUGGUGUUCGUUGGGGGCCAAAGGGCUGUGGCCUUGGAAACCAGAAUCCCUAGUGGACUGGGGGAUUGAGGAGCUAAUGGAGGGGGCGGCUGGGGGCUCGGACUCCUGGGAACUUGAGCGCAGCUUGGACUAGAAGCUUAGCCACCGAGGUCCCAAAUGGAGGCAGGGGCUGAUUCCUUCCUAGCUUCCUGGCAGAGACUGGGCUGGGGGCCCACAGCCUUGAUUCCCUAAUAGAAGUGGGCUCCCUGUGCUGAGGACCUGGACAGUUGGGCUGCCCCUGACAGUCGUGAGGGUUCUCGGUCAUUGGGAAGGAGUGGGGGCCGAAGGCACGAACACGGUAUCCUGAAAGAGGUUUAGGGGUUGGGGGCCUGGAUGUUGGGGCUUCUGAGAAAUGAGAACCACAGACAACAGGGGGUUGGGUCUCUAUCUAGGGACCCGGGGCCUAGAGGGGGUCUGGGGGCUAGGAUGCUACGUUCCUAACGGAAUCGAGGACCGUGUCCUUAAAGCGGUUUUCAGCUGCAGUAUGGAGCCCAGGGCCCUCAUGGAGCUGCAGGCUAUGGCCUGGACUCCUGGGUUCCCGAGGUGCCCGGUGCCAAAUUUCUGUCUCCAUCUUGUCUGCUCCCACCCCCACCCUGCUUCAGCUUUCUUGACCCUGCCCUGGGGAGACAGCCAUGACAGGAGAGAAGGGCGAGGAGGACGGGGAGGCCCCGAGCCGAGACCUUGGCGAACUCACGCAGGAGGAGCUGAGAGAGGGGCGAGCAGCUGCCCGGGCCCUGGACGAGGUGCUGACCCUGAGCUCCCAGGCGCUGGUUCGGGCCGAGGUUGAGGACCUCUACGAUGAGGUGCGCCCGCUGGGCCAGGGUCGCUUUGGCAGGGUCCUGCUGGUCACCCACCGACAAAGAGGGACGCCCAUGGCCCUUAAGCUUUUAUCCAAGGCUUCGACAACUCGCCAAGGGUUUCUUUACGAGUUCUGUGUGGGACUGACCCUUGGCUCUCACCCUGGCAUCGUGACCACCUACGGUAUCGGGCUGGAGACACAGGCCUGCUACGGCUUCCUCUCAGAGCCCGCCCUGCAUGGGGACCUCAUCGCCUUGAUCCAGCCCAAGAAGGGUCUUCCUGAGUCAGCCACCCAGCUCUGUGCACAGCAGCUCUCCUCGGCCUUGGAGCAUGUCCAUUCGCGGGGCCUCGUCUACCGAGACCUGAAGCCGGAGAACGUGUUGGUGUUUGAGCCAGGCUGCCGGCGGGUGAAGCUGACCGACUUUGGGCACACGCGGCCCCGGGGGACCCUGCUGCGCCUGGCUGGGCCCCCCAUCCCCUACACUGCCCCUGAACUCUGCAGCCCAACCCACCGGCCUGAGGGUCUGCCCAUCCAGCCCUCCCUGGACGCCUGGGCCCUGGGCGUGCUCCUCUUCUGCCUUCUCACCGGCUACUUCCCCUGGGACCAGCCACUGCCCAGCGAGGACCCCUUCUACCAGGAUUUCCUGGACUGGAGAGGUUCUGGGAAGGCCUGUGACCGCCCCGCACCCUGGGCCGGUUUGAGCCCCGUGGCCGAUCAGCUGCUGGGGGUGCUGCUUGACCCUCGGCCCCGGCACAGGGGCCCUGUGGGCUCAGUCCGGGCCUUUCUGGGCCAGUCCUGGCAGGAGAAAGCUGGGAGCCCAGAGCUAGCCAGGAAGAGGGGAGAGAGGGAGGAGGAAGAAGAGAAGGAGUUGGGUGCAGAAUGAGAGAGACCUGGGGGGGAAUCUCCGAGGAGGUGCUCUGUUCUCUCCAUGGGCGGCUGCGGUGGGGGAGGAGACCGGGUCAGGGAGGUGCCCGCCUCUUUGAAGCCAAACGCUCUCGCCCCCCAUCUCUGCAUCUGCCUUCCUCAGUUCACUCCCUGCCCUGGUACCUUUUUCUCCCAGUCUCUUUCGGCUCCUCCUCUCUGUCCUUCCUUCUGUUUUGUUUUUUUUUUCCUCUCUGGGUCUCCCUGCCCACCAGGCUUACCCGUCUCCUCUCUCUAAUAAAGCCUGAAGACA